AUGGGUAUGGAAAAGGAACGGGAAGCUCAACUGCUUGCGGAAGCUGAUCGGCUAAAAUCGCUUGCUGUAGCAGGUGUUGCAAUGUCCGUGGUAGCUGCAUUUGUAUGUGUGCUUGCCGUUCCCUUAAUAUACAACUAUGUACAACAUGUACAAACACUUCUACAGAAUGAAGUCGAUUACUGCAAAUCGCGGUCUGGCUCCCUCUGGCAACAUGUAACGAAAGUCUCACGUUCUCACGACUCUAAGCAAAGGGUUCCAAGGGAUACGUAUAGCGGAUAUACAGCAAGUUAUGGAAGUUACAAGUCUGCACGCCUCCGCGAAUACGUCGAAGGACAGACAGCAAAAAGCGAUUCCUCAGUCCAGGAUAGCAACGUGCAGUGUUGCGGAUGUGGAAUAGGCGCACCGGGUGCUCCAGGUCCCAAUGGUAAUGACGGGAAGGAUGGUGUUGACGGUGCUCCAGGUGAAAAUGGUCGGGAUGGAAAAGAUGCCGUAGAAGGCAGUAUGCAACCGCGUAACUUCUGCUUCGAUUGUCCAGCUGGACCACCUGGUCCUGUUGGUGAACCUGGCCCGAAAGGCGCUCCUGGAAGACAAGGAAACCCUGGAACUGAUGCAGAUGGUGGACUUCGAGGACCUCCGGGUCCACCAGGACCCCCAGGAGACCCGGGACCACCCGGUGCCCCUGGUCCCCAAGGAGAAGGCGGUCCUGAUGGAGUUGCUAUUGAAAAACCAGGACCUCCCGGAGAACCUGGUAUUCCUGGACCCCCUGGACCUGUUGGACCUGCUGGAAAAGAAGGACAGCCCGGUGGACCUGGUUUCCCGGGACCUCCUGGACCUCCUGGUGAUGACGGUUUACCAGGUCUUCCUGGUCGACCAGGACUACCUGGUCCUCCAGGCAUUGCUGGAAAACGUGGAUUAGCUGGACCAUGUACUCAUUGCCCUCCACCACGGACUGCUCCUGGAUAUUAA